AUGACAAUCCCCCAUGAAAUAGUGAAUUGCAUCUUUUCAUAUCUUUCGUUCGAGGAGCGUAUCAGAUUGACUUCGGUCUGCAGGCAAUGGCAACAUCUCUUGCUUGACUCACCUGAAAUGUGGAAUUCGAUAUCGCACGAGCAGAUGAUCAGUAUUGCCGAGACCUUGACACCCUAUCGACGCUAUAUUCGCCCCUCCUACGUACGAUCCUUGACACUAUUGAAGCCUUGGGUUGAACCAGAUGAGGAUGAUGAUGAAGACUUUAUUCGAGAAAUCAAGAACGCUUCAUUGGAAGAGGAUGUGAUGUUCCUCGAGCAUUGCACGCAUAUUCAACAAAUUUACAUUGAUAGCUCAUAUUGGUCUCGAUCUUGGAUGAGCAAGUUGUAUACGAUGGCACAUGCUUCACUUGUCAACCUUACUAUCCAAUGCUCCGAUCAUGAUAUUGCCAGCGGCGUAUUGCAUCUGGGAUCCAUACUGAAACAGUUUCCCCUGCUUGAACAUCUAAGCUUGACAUGCCCCAUCCUAUUUCAACAUUUGCAGCAACCACGCAUUGCAUUAUGGGACACAAACUAUGAAGGAACCCAUGAUCGACUGGUUGAUUUACACAUCGAUUUGUAUGGCAACAAGAACAAUUGGUACUUACCUCUGGAGCAUGCUGUUAUGCAUUUCCCACAAUUAAGGCGACUCAGCAUUCAUCCACGUGAUUACGAUGAGCCAUCCAGGAUCAUCCAGGCAUUAAUGGAGUAUUGCAUCUAUAUCGACACCAUCUCAGUCUUUGUCGAAUCAGCAGAAGAUCCUUUACAUUAUGACGUAUCUAGGCACCCAUCCAUUAUCAAAUCGCCUUAUCAACAGCAUCAUCAUCAUCGUCAUCAAGAUUUGAGACACUUGUUCCUUCAAGAUACGGCUGCACAUCAUCGUAUUGUUAGUCCCAUCAUUUACAAACACAAUUCCACCUUGGAGACUCUUGCUUUAAGGACAUCUCAUACAAGCAUCCACAGCCUCCUCAACUCAGUAUCAGAUAUCACCAUGCCACACUUGCGUAUUGUGCGAUUACUGAACCAGCAAAGAUCAUACGAGCAACCCAUAUCCUAUCUUGAUGAUAUCAUCGACAACGUUGUACUAUAUACAUUUUUCGCACGGCAUCCAGAUCUCGAGCGGGUGGCAGUGUUGGAUAACCCAUGCUUUACGGGCGAUGUACUACGAGCACUAUAUCACCAUCAUCUUUGCAGCUUGGAGUUACAGCGUUGUGAUAUCACACGAAAGGCCUUAUCCCAAUUCUUUUCUACUUGUGGUCCUCGAUCGUCUCUAAGCAAGCUUGUCUUGAUUGAUAUCCCAGGUGUGACCGAUGAAGUACUUGAUCUCGUCAAGCAGCUGCCCAUUCUCAGACACGUUACUCUCCUCAAGAACAAGAUAUCAUUUUCAGCGGUUGUUUCUUUCCUGGAAGACGGAUACGGUGCUUCAAACGCCAACAAGGGCAAGCGAUAUGACUUUUUGGGUCUCGAAUGCACCAAAAGCCUUGGUGAUGAAACAGCUUCUACUUCUAUUUAUACCACGGAAGAUAUACUUGCUAUGCUAGAUAUGGCAGCAACAAUUUGGCAUUUUCAAUAUCAAGAACAAUAA